AUGGUCCGUCCAAUGCCAAUACAUGUGACUAAUCAUGAAAACUUUUGCUCUCUACCAUUAGCAAUAGGAUUGUUCAUUUCAGCAUCAGUUCUUGUGGCGCUUUGCGCGAGACAUUCCAAGAUGCUUGCUAGAGAGUGUGGUAAUGGUACUAUUGAGAAUAGUACCGAUUCAAAACUUUCACCUCGAUCACCAUUGCUGCUCCCCAAGAAGACCAUCACAAAUAUCAACAACGCGGCUGAUCAUCCGGAGGGAAAUAAUCGUGGAGAAUCCGAAGCUCGUGGGAUUUUUGCCAACCCCGGUGAAGGAUUUGGUGAAGGUGGAUUGUGGCAGAAGAAAAUCUUGAUGGGUGAGAAAUGCCAGCCCCCGGAGUUUUCUGGUGUUCUUUUUUAUGACUCUCAUGGAAAUAGGAUUUCUGAGCUUCCCAGAUCACCUAGGGCCAUGCAUGUCGGAAGAUACUCUUCUUAA